CUCCCCUCAGGGCUCCAGGCUCUUAUACUCUCGACAAACCCAAAAUGUCCACAACAACCACCCCACGAAUUCCCCCCUGCUGCCUCCGCACCCCACCCCGCCCAUGGCCCACCUCCCCAACCGGCACAACCACCACCCUAACCACACCCCUCAAACAACACUCCGUCUACACAGCCGGCCACAACCCCACCCGCGCCAUUUUGGUCAUCCACGACCUCCUCGGCUGGACCUUCCCCAACCUCCGCCUCCUGGCCGACAGCUACGCCCACUCCGCCAACGCCACCGUCUUCCUCCCUGACUUCUUUGGGGGCGAGACCCUCCCCGCCGCCCCGAUCCUGGCCGGCCGCUGGGCCGAACUCGACCUCCAGGGGUUUCUGGCCCGCAAUGCGCGGGCCAUUCGCGAACCGGAGGUUGUGGCUUUUGCGAAGCAUGUAAGGAUAACUCUGGGGUUUGAGAGGGUUGGGGUUGUGGGGUUUUGCUGGGGGGGAUGGGCUGCUGUUCGGUUGGGGGGGUUUGAUGGUGCAGGCCAACAGCAAUACCUGGUGGAUUGCGUAUCGAUUGGCCAUCCCAGUCUCUUGACGGAGGAGGAUAUUGCCGCGGUGCAGGUGCCGGUGCAGGUGCUGGCGCCGGAGCGGGAUCCGGUAUACACGCUCCAGAUGAAGGCGUUCACUAUCCAGAACCUGCAGGAGAGGGGGGUGGAGUUCGAGUAUCGGUUUUUUCCGGGGGUGGAGCAUGGGUGUUUCACGAGGGGGGAUGAGGGGGUUCCCGGGGAGAGGGAGGCGUUGGGGAGGGGGAGGGAGGCGGUUGGGUGUUGGAUGGGUGGGUGGUUGUAG